AUAUAAACAGCUUUAAGAAAAUGCCUCAUCUCUGAAAAACCAGCGGAAUCAUUUGGCGCCGUCUCAGAGAACCUAAGCACAUAGCCAACCGCCGCCUCCGCCUCCGACGCCAUGGGUCGCAUGCACAGUCAUGGAAAGGGAAUGUCAGCCUCAGCGCUGCCGUACAAGAGGAGUGCGCCGAGCUGGCUGAAGGUCACUGCUCCAGAUGUGGAGGAGAACAUCUGCAAGUUUGCAAAGAAGGGUAUGACUCCGUCUCAGAUCGGUGUCAUUCUCCGUGACUCUCACGGCAUUGCGCAGGUUAAGACCGUUACUGGAAGCAAGAUCCUGCGUGUUCUCAAGGCUUACGGUCUUGCUCCUGAAAUUCCUGAGGAUCUGUACCAUCUUAUCAAGAAGGCAGUUUCAAUUAGGAAGCAUUUGGAGAGGAAUAGGAAGGACAAGGAUUCCAAGUUUCGGUUGAUUUUGGUGGAGAGCAGGAUCCACAGGCUUUCUCGUUACUACAAGAAAACUAAGAAGCUUCCACCCGUCUGGAAAUACGAGUCAACCACUGCCAGCACUCUUGUUGCUUAGGUUGGUUUUGCAACUUGCUACCGCUGUGCGAUUAGCUUGGGUUGAUGAGGUAUACUUGGGAAAGCCAAAAAGGAAGAUGGUGGUAUUGUGUGUCUCCAUGUUUCGAACUUGUAGACCCUUUAGCUAUUGAAAAUUUUGGUAUUCAUACAUGUAAGGAAAGAGAAUCCUAGGGCCUUAUGUUUCGGCAUUGCAUGUUUUAUUUGAGAUUGAUGUUUUCGAGAGUUAUAUUUAGCAUUGCAAUUUAUCGUGCUUACAUUUGCAA